AUGCCGACCAGAAACAUCGCCGUCGGCGGAUACCAAGAAGAAGUCACUCACCCCAGCGCACUUAGGGCGGCGCUCGCUGAGUUUAUCUCCACUUUGAUCUUUGUUUUCGCCGGCUCAGGCUCCGGAAUAGCUUUCAACAAGCUCACAGAAAAUGGAGCAACCACUCCUUCCGGCCUCGUCGCCGCUGCCUUAGCCCAUGCUUUCGGGCUUUUCGUUGCUGUUUCCGUCGGCGCUAACAUCUCCGGUGGUCACGUUAACCCCGCUGUUACCUUCGGUGUCCUUCUCGGUGGUAACAUCACCAUCCUCCGCAGUAUUCUCUACUGGAUCGCUCAGCUUCUUGGCUCCGUCGCCGCUUGCUUCCUCCUUAAAUUUGCCACCGGUGGCAUGGCAAUUCCCGCUUUUGGUCUCGGUGCCGGAGUUGGAUCCUUAAACGCUUUCGUCUUCGAGAUUGUGAUGACCUUCGGGCUCGUCUACACCGUCUACGCAACCGCCGUCGACCCCAAAAACGGAAGUCUCGGAACAAUCGCACCAAUCGCCAUUGGUUUCAUCGUGGGAGCUAACAUCCUCGCCGGUGGAGUUUUCAGUGGAGCCUCAAUGAACCCCGCCGUCGCUUUCGGACCAGCCGUUGUGAGCUGGACGUGGACCAACCACUGGGUUUACUGGGCUGGUCCUCUUGUCGGCGGUGGACUCGCUGGACUCAUCUACGACUUUGUCUUCAUCAACGAAGACGGCCACGAGCCAUUGCCCACCAAUGAUUUCUGA